AUGCACCACGAACCCAAAACCGAUGCCACCAUCUACCCGGAAGGCGGCUUCCGCGCCAACCUAGUCGUCCUAGGCAGCUUCAGCUCCAUAAUGGGCGGCCUAGGCCUGAUGAACAGCAUAGGAAUCUACCAAGCCUGGAUCUCCACGCACCAACUCGCACACCUGUCCUCGGGGCAAAUAGGAUGGAUAUUUGGACUAUACAACUUCCUUGUCUUCUUCUGCGGAAUCCAAAUUGGACCCAUCUUCGACGCGAAAGGACCUCGUUUCUUGAUGUGGUUUGGUUCGAUUCUCGUCGUUUUGACGUUCGUGUUGAUGGGCUUUUGUACACAGUACUGGCAUUUCAUCGUUGUUAUCGGUAUCCUCGGUGGAAUGGGAACGUCUUUUAUUUUCAUCGUUCCUGUUGCUAGCAUUGGGCAUUUCUUUUGUCGGAGACGGGGUGCGGCGACGGGACUUGCGUUGUCGGGGGGAAGUAUUGGGGGUGUUAUCUUCCCGCUGGUUUUGGAGAACUUGGCACCUAAGAUUGGAUUUGCUUGGUCGACUAGGGUUAUUGGGUUGAUUACGCUAGUACUUCUCAUUCCUGGGUGUGUGCUCGUUCGUGCGAAUUUCCCGCCGAAGGAUCCUUCGCCGCCGUCAAUCAAGGUCUUCUUGCCUGAUUUGUCGAUUCUCAGGGACCCGGUUCUUGCCUUGACGACUCUGGGUGUUUUCUUUAUUGAGUGGGGUUUUUUUAUUCCGCUUGAGUAUAUCGCCUCGUACUCGCUCGCCAGUGGGAUUCCUCGCCAGUUGUCUUAUCUGAUGGUGGUGUUCUUGAACGCGGGCUCCUUUCCAGGACGUUGGCUACCGGGUAUUCUGGCGGACAAGAUCGGGCGAUUCAAUACGUUGAUCCUCACGAAUGUGCUGUGCCUGAUUUCGGUUCUUGCCAUCUGGAUCCCAGCAGGCGGCAACAUCGUGGCAGUCAUUAUCUUCUCCGUCGUCUUCGGUUUCGCAAGCGGGAGCAACAUCAGCUUGGUUCCCGUGUGUGUUGGCGAGCUUUGUCCCGUACAGAAUUAUGGAAGAUACUAUACAACUGUAUAUACUAUUGUCAGCUUCGGUGCUUUGACGGGCGUUCCUAUUGCGGGUGAGAUCCUCCACCGCUGUAACGGUGCAUACUGGGGUCUUAUUUCGUUCGCUGGAUGCGCGUAUGCAGCUGGACUAGGUUGCUUUGCUGUUGUUAUGUGGUUGCAAAGGCGGAGGGCUAAUAUGCGGUCUGCCGACCUCGGAGGUGUUUAG